CUUGACCUUGAAGAAGGGAGGCGCACACAUGAUGUCCAGCCCAAACAGCAUCCUCAUCUCACUCAGGGAUUUUAGCUGCAACAGAUUAGAUUGCAUCUUGUUGGACAUCAUCCUGCCGAGAAUGACUUUGAGAGGGAAGCAGUGAGGUGGCACCUGUUCACAUGGCAGCCAACAUGAGCUCCUCACGCACAGCUUUGUCACUGUGCAUCGUCAGGUGGCUCCUUGUCCUGCUCAUCACUGUACAGCAGCUUGAUGCAGGCAAAGUUGAAGGUCCAUGUGAGGGGAGAGACUGCUCUGUGUGUAAAUGUCUUCCUGCCAAAGGUGCACGGGGGUCACCAGGUAAACCAGGCAAGCAAGGAUCUCGGGGGCCAAUGGGGCCGUGGGGCAGUGAAGGGACACUUGGAGCGAAAGGCCAGCUGGGAACACAGGGGUCACCAGGCCCAGUAGGACUCAAAGGAGCCCGGGGUAACACUGGCGAUCCAGGUUUUCCUGGUAAUGAUGGCUCAUUGGGUCACCCUGGAGCAGCAGGUGAGCCGGGUUUGCCCGGAGUGGACGGCUGUCAGGGGGCAAAGGGUCAACCUGGUGUCCCUGGUUUUCCUGGCUUGAAUGGUCUCCAUGGGCCACCUGGAUCACCUGGACCAAAAGGACUUAAGGGAGACCUCUUAUAUGGUGAUUCCCUUCCUGGACUCCCUGGAGAUCCUGGUAGACCUGGACAUCAUGGUGUGCCUGGGCCAAUAGGAGUCACCGGACCAAAAGGCCACACUGGUGCUCCAGGCCCACCUGGGCGAAAGGGGUUGGGAGGCCUUAAAGGUGUGAAAGGACAACCAGGUGUCCCUGGACGAUCACUGCCAGGCACAGAUGGUGAUGAGGGUGACCAAGGCCCACCUGGCCCACAAGGACCAGAAGAAGUGAUCGUGUUGCCUCCAGAUUUCCUGCCACCGAAAGGCGACAAGGGUGAACGAGGUCCUCCUGGACCAUGUGGACCAAAGGGAAAACAAGGUGGAAGAGGGGACGUGUUCAUUCUGGGAAUGAAAGGAGAAGAAGGAAUCCCUGGUUUUCCUGGACUUAGGGGGUUUCAGGGGUCUCCCGGUAGGAUUGGACCACCGGGAUCUGAGGGUUUACUGGGUGAGAGGGGGCUUCCGGGACUCAUCGGAAGACUUGGACCAAAGGGCUACCGAGGAGAUGAAGGUCUGCCUGGUCCCUUGCAGUAUUUGAAUGGGAGUAGCCUCACAGGUCCAAAAGGUGAAAAAGGUUAUCCUGGAACUCCUGGACUACCAGGUGACCCUGGAUUUAUGGGCAUGCAAGGACCUCCUGGCCCACGAGGAUUAACACUUCCAGAUGACCAGGGCCCCACUGGCCCACGAGGGCCCAUAGGUCCCAAGGGCUUUAAGGGAGAACCAGGGAGGUACCAAGACUUAAUCAGUCCACUCCCUGGACCAAAGGGAAGAAAAGGUAUUCGUGGAAUUAAAGGUGUCACGGGACUUCCAGGUCCUCCAGGAUGCGGAGAUUAUUUAUGUGUGCCUGGUGACCGAGGUGACCCUGGUGACGAUGGACCCAAAGGACCUCGUGGAAACAAAGGUGUCAAAGGGUAUAAAGGUUGUCAGGGCGGUUGUGAAUGUCGGUUCGGCCAAGGACCAAUUGGUCCCCCUGGUCUGCCUGGUAAUCCAGGAUCUCCAGGAUUACCAGGAACUCCAGGGAUUAAGGGGGACCCAGGUCUGAAAGGAGAAGAGGGUCUCCACGGGCCAUAUGGGAUUAAAGGACUUGUUGGUUUAAAAGGAGUAAAGGGCGAAAAGGGGGAUUCCUUUGUCACUGGCAAAGGCGCAAAGGGAGACCGAGGAGAUCCUGGAUAUUCUGGUUCUCCUGGAAAACCAGGUAUACCAGGGCUAGAUGGUCCCCCUGGUUGGAAAGGAGACCCUGGACCACCAGGUGCUGGAUACAUAGAAGUAACUGGUCCCAAAGGAGACCCGGGCAUAGUUGGUCCUAAAGGGCUUCCAGGGCAGAUUGGGCUUCCAGGUCCUGGUUUCCAAGGCCCUCAGGGUCCACCUGGACUGAAAGGAGACCAGGGGUAUCCAGGCCCUAAAGGAAUUUCAGGGCGAAAGGGUCCUCCAGGUGACAUUGAGCUAUGCUGUCAUGAGAAUGCGACUGGAUUCCCUGGUCCUAAGGGAGAACCAGGUUCACCUGGGAUUCCAGGUGAUCCAGGAAGGAAUGGAAUCCCGGGAGGCCCAGGACUUCCAGGCUCUAAAGGCACCCAAGGAGAUGAUGGCGGAAUGGGAGGGACUGGACCUCCAGGGCCUCAAGGUUUAAAUGGGGAACCAGGUGACCGUGGCCCUCGUGGAGGUAGCUUUGAUGGGCUACAAGGCCCUCCUGGAACGCCAGGUCCACCAGGGAGGAAAGGUUCCCCAGGAGAUGUUCUCAAUGCUAUGCCAGGCCUCCCUGGCUCCCCUGGCCCCCCUGGAGUCAUGGGAAGAAAGGGAAUUUUUGGCAGUCCAGGAAGCCCAGGAUAUCCAGGAGUACAAGGUAAACCAGGACAACCAGGUCGUAAAGGAGAACAAGGGAUCACUGGUGAUCGUGGAGCUACCGGUCUUCCAGGCCUACCCUGCGUAAUAUGUGAGCUCACUGGAUCUCCAGGACCUCCAGGAAACCCUGGACUGAGAGGCAUUCCAGGCUUUCCCGGUCAGAGAGGACCAAGGGGAGAUAUAGGUCUACCUGGUCAUGGUCAUUUGGGUGCACCGGGUCUUCCCGGUCCUCCGGGUUUACCAGGCCCACCAGGACCAAGAGGACCCGCAGGCCAUCUGGGAGAUCCGGGGUCUGAUGGCUGGCCAGGACAGAAAGGUGAACGAGGGUUCCCUGGUCAUGCUGGAGUCAGAGGUUUACCUGGACCUCCUGGACCUCCAGGACCCAGAGGGAAGCAGGGGGAAAGAGGCUUUAACGGUCAACAAGGUGGUAUGGGAGAAACAGGAUAUCCUGGUAGUAAAGGAAUGAUUGGUCCACGAGGAUUACCUGGACCAUCAAGACUGGUGAACACAACCAAGGGAUCACCAGGCUUACCAGGCGCAAGAGGACAACAAGGCCCACCAGGACCAAAAGGUGGAAAGGGCCAAAGAGGAGGGCGAGGUGAUCCUGGACCAGAAGGGUUGCCAGGUGCACCAGGAUUUAAAGGUGAUGCUGGUGUUCCAGGCAGGCAAGGGAUACCUGGAGAUCCCGGGACCCCAGGAUUUAAAGGUUUUCCUGGGCCAAGGGGAUAUCUUGGGCGUGAUGGAGAUCUGGGAGAUCCUGGACCUAGUGGAUUCCCAGGAAUUACAGGGGCUCACGGACUUCCAGGUGGCAAAGGUGAGCCAGGAGAAUCUUAUGGACAACCUGGACCACCAGGACAUAAAGGACUUCCAGGCGAGAAAGGAUUCAGCGCACCAUUUGGUCCUCCAGGGGAUCCAGGGGAUUCAGGUCCAAGAGGAUUUGCAGGAAAGCCUGGACAACCAGGCAUUCCCGGAGAACCAGGAAGACUUGGUGGACCAGGUUACCCUGGGCCUCGUGGUAAUCCGGGUCAUCCAGGUGCUCCAGGUGUUCAAGGUGAUACUGGGUAUGUCGGUCCUCCAGGUCCACCAGGCCCAAAUGGACCUUUAGGAGUCCCCGGGCCUCCGGGUCUUUCUGGACUGGAUGGUCUAAGAGGACCACAGGGCAUGAAAGGAGCAAAGGGAGGAGCUAUCCCAGGCCGCCCAGGACCAGAUGGCUUCCCUGGAGUCAAAGGGUCCAACGGACUGCCAGGGCCUCCAGGACCCUCUUUUCCUGGGCCAAAAGGCUUUAUGGGUCCACCAGGUGACACAGGUUUACCUGGUUCUCCAGGUGAUACUGGAUAUCCUGGGAGAGAUUGCGAAAAACUUUUGCCAGGACUCUAUGGAGAUCCAGGAUAUGAAGGACCUCCCGGACCCCCAGGUCCCCCUGGCCCGCAAGGGCAACCAGGCGAUGUAAUUUUGUACAAAGGAGAUCCGGGACCAGUUGGCCUACCUGGGGCUCCUGGCCGGAAGGGAGAUAAGGGCUUUCCUGGACCUCCUGGACCUUCAUAUAACCGAGGAAUUGACGGACCAAAAGGUGAGAGAGGCCCUCCUGGUCCCAGAGGUUCUCUGGGAGCAAAAGGACAGAGAGGUGUCUUUGGACCCACGGGAAGGAAAGGAGUACCUGGCCCACCUGGAGACCCUGGUCCUAAGGGGGCCACUGGUGAUUCUAUUGCUGAAAGGCCGGAGAAGGCUCCUCCCGGGCUCCCAGGACCACCUGGUUACCCAGGACCCACUGGAUUCCCAGGUGCUAUGGGCCCACCCGGGAUUUGGGGACAAAAAGGUACAAAAGGUUCCAUUGGAUCUAGAGGCCUCCCUGGACCACCAGGCCCUGCUGGACUCAAUGGUCCUGUUGGAGAACAAGGAGAUGAUGGCCAGCCAGGGUUUGUUGGGCCUCAAGGCAGCCCAGGUCCAAUCGGUGAUCAAGGCGUGCCAGGUUACACAGGGACAUCAAGGUCAGGCUUCCUUUUGGUUCUUCACAGUCAGUCAGUCCAGGUACCGCAGUGUCCUGAGGGUAGCGUUCAUCUUUGGGCUGGCUACAGUCUGGUCUACUUGGAGGGACAGGAGAAGGCUCAUACACAGGACCUUGGUCAAGCUGGCUCCUGCUUGCCCGUGUUUUCCACCAUGCCUUUCUCCUACUGCAACAAAGCUGCAUGCCACUACUCCGCCCGUAAUGACAAAUCCUACUGGCUCUCUACCACGGCUGCCAUACCGAUGAUGCCACUCUUUGGCCAGGAGAUCAGCUCCCACAUCAGCCGCUGUGUGGUGUGUGAGACACUCUCACCUGCAGUUGCUUUUCAUAGCCAGGAUCAGCUGGUUCCUAACUGCCCAUCAGGAUGGAGGAGUCUGUGGACGGGCUAUUCGUUCCUCCUUCACACAGGGGCAGGCGACGAGGGCGGCGGUCAGUCUCUGGCGUCCACUGGGAGCUGCCUUAAGGACUUCCGAACUCACCCGAUCAUUGAGUGCCAAGGCGCACGAGGUUCUUGUCACUACUUUGCCAACCUGUACAGUUUUUGGCUGACAGCUAUACGUCCCAUAGAUCAGUUUGUCACCCCGAGGCCUGGUACCAUCAAAGCUGCUGAGAGGCAGCGACGUACAGCCAGUCAGUGUCAUGUCUGCCUCAAACAGUAGAGGAACUCUGGGCACAUGAUGGUUGAUUAAGAAUAGUCAUGAGUUAUAUUAUGGACUUUAGAAUUAAACUUGGUCACAUUUUUUUACAUGAAUAAUAUCAACAUAUAUGGAUGGAUGACUGGUGCUUAUCUUGACGCUGUACCUCAUAUUUCUUCAAAGGAUACUAAUGAAAUCCUAAUGAAAUCCUAUUUUAACAUGCUAACAUGCUAUUUUAACAUUCUUAUGUGUAAAAAGAAGUGAACUACUGUUA